AUAAGUAAAUUGAUCGUGAGUGAAAUUAUUAAGUGGAAAAAUGUGCCAGAUACCAUCAAAACUUCUUAAUAUAAUUAUUGUUCAUUUUGUAAUAUUUGUGUUAAAUUUUAGUACAAUCAAGUGUUAUUUGGGUGGAAAUCGUGCAACCUCAGAGGAUGAACUCAUCUUUGAAUUAGAUAGACCAACACCCGUUGUGGAUGUACAAGGUGUUUUAACGAAAAAGGCAACACUUCCAUGUGAUAUUACACCACACGAUAAACACGAUACUGUUUCAAUGGUUUUAUGGUUUAAGGAAUCAAGUAGUGAGCCAUUAUAUAGAUUUGAUGUACGUGGUCGACAAUUUACACAAGCAAAAAUGUGGUCAGCGCCACACAUAUUUGGUGCUCGAGCUUUUUUUCGUGUAACAACAACACCUGCACAACUUAUGGUGGACAAUAUUCAUGUAGAAGAUGAAGGAGUAUAUCGUUGUCGUGUUGAUUUUAAAAAUUCACCAACUAGAAAUUUAAAAAUUAAUUUUACUGUUAUAAUUCCACCAGAACGACCAGUAAUCGUUGAUAGCCAAAAACAAGAAAAAACACAGCUACUGGAACCGUACAACGAAGGAGACGAUGUGCAAUUAAUUUGUGAAGUUAUUGGAGGACGACCUCAACCACGUGUUACGUGGUUUCUAGAAAAUACUAUAAUUGAUGAUUCUUAUGAGAUAAGAAACGAAAAUCUGGUUAUCAAUCAUUUAUCAUUUCCAAGUGUUGGACGACAACAUUUAAACGCACGUUUAAUUUGUCAAGCAUCAAAUACAAAUUUAGCUCCACCUGCAUCGAAAGUAUUAAUUUUAAACAUCAAUUUAAAACCGCUUACAGUUACAAUUCUAACAAAAGAAAAAUCAAUAUCAGCCGAUAAGCGUUAUGAAGUAGAAUGCAGAACAUCUGGAUCACGACCAGAAGCAGUUAUUACGUGGUGGAAAGGAAAUCAUCAAAUUAAACGAAUGGCAAAAAAUUUUGCAGAAGCUGGUAAUCAAUCACUAAGUAUAUUGGCAUUUACACCAACAAUUGAAGAUGAUGGAAAAUACUUAACAUGUCGAGCAGAAAAUCCACUUAUACCAGAAAGUGCUUUAGAAGAUAGAUGGCGUCUAAAUGUUCGAUAUUUACCAAUCGUGUCGUUGAAAAUGGGCUCCAGUUUAAACCCAGAUGAUAUAAAAGAAGGUGACGAUGUAUACUUUGAAUGCAAUGUCAAGUCAAAUCCCAAGGCUUAUAAGCUUGCAUGGUAUUUAAAUGGAAAAGAAUUACACCAUAAUGUAUCAGCGGGAGUUAUUUUAAGCGAUCAAAGUCUAGUUCUACAAGGUGUUACACGUGCUGCAGCUGGUGAUUAUAUAUGUUUGGCAGCAAAUUCCGAAGGAAAGGGUACAUCAAAUCCUCAACAAUUGAAAGUUCGAUAUGUUCCAAUAUGUAAAGACGACCAUGAAGAACUUUUAGGUGCCCUUAAACAAGAAACAGUAAUAUUACGUUGUGAAGUUGACGCCAAUCCACCCCUAGUAAGUUUCCAUUGGACAUUCAAUAAUUCUGGUGAUUUAACUGAAGUACCACCAUCACGUUUUACCGCUGAAGGAACAAUCUCACACUUAAAUUACACACCAAUCAGUGAUAUGGAUUAUGGUACUCUAUCAUGUUGGGGUCAAAAUGCUGUGGGACACCAAAAAUCACCAUGUGUUUUUCAAGUAGUAACCGCAGGCAAACCUUUUAAAUUGUUAAAUUGUUCAAUUGUAAAUCAAACAACUGAUUCCAUACAAAUUGAAUGCUUGGAAAAUUUCGAUGGAGGAUUACCACAAUCGUUCUUUAUGGAAAUACUGGAGCUACCAUUACUUCGUUCAAAAUAUAAUCAAUCAACGCAUACAGCACCGCCAAAAUUUAAUAUAGAGGGUAUAGAACCAGGACUGAGUUAUCAAGUGAAUUUAUAUGCGGUAAACGCAAAAGGACGCAGUGAACCAGUUAUCAUUGAAAGUGUUACAUUCAAAGGUGUUGCUAAGUUACAAGGUUCAUCAGCAUCAAUGCAAAUCAGUCCAUUAUUGACAAGUUUGAUUGCAAUACUAAUUGUUUUACUGAGUGGAGUGUGUUUGGGAAUUAUUGCAUUAUUUCGACGAAAAUCACAUCGACAUCAUUUACACAAUCAUGGUCAUAUUACAUCAAAACAUAUACAAAUGGAAAUAUUAAAUCGUGGUGAAGAAUCACCAUUAAAUGGUAACGACGACCAACGCAGUAAUGAUAUUGGUGGUUACCAUCCACAUCCAAUUGAUGGACAUUUAAAUUCUGCUCCAUUACAUUGUGGUAGCAGAGAUGGUUCAUUAAAUAUUGAGUAUGUGGGUGGCACUAGUUUUAAUGGUGAUCAUAUACGUAAUAGUAGUAGCCAAGAUUCAAAAUUAAAUAAAAAUUCAUUAGGAAAAUAUACUGAUAAUAUUAGUGGAUCAUUACAAUCAGGAACAUUAUCAACGGGGUUCCCAAGAGAUAAUAAUUCACCAGCUACAGAACCGGAUAUUAUACGAAAUCAAUAUGUAGACAGGAGACCGGUUCUUAGUUUUAUGACUGUAUAUGAACCAGCAUCAUCUAUUCCUGGUGAAGAUGAUGAAGAGCUAGAAGACGAAGAAAGAAAUCCAUAUAAAUCUAACCAACAGCCGCUUAAGCGUUUGUACAGUCCUACUAAAAAUAUGUACCUCAGUUUGCGUGGUGAUAGAGCGACAACUCGCAUGAAUAAAGGUGUAACAGCAAUUAGUCCAUUAGACAGGGGGCCUACAUUAGUUGGUCCAACAAUAAAUUCAGGAAAUGCAAUAUUUCCAUCAUUAAUAAUGCCCGUGUCUUCCACGUUAACAUUACAAAAACAUAAACCCGAAGUGGUAACUACAUCGAAUCGAAUACAGGAGAGUUGUAUUUAACCAUUAUGUUUAAUAAUAAAUAGUUAUAUAAUAUAAUGUUAUUAUUGAAUCUUUAU